CCGCACAUCGAGUGCUUUUCAUAUCUAAUUUAAUUGAACGUUUUUUUCCCUCGCCUGAUCGUAGCAACGACGUCUUGCGAAUCAAUCGAACGUCGUAUAUCUGCAGUGUUCUAUAAUUGUAACUAAGUGUGGUACGGAACGAAUUAGUGGAGCGUAUGUAUUACAUAGGUAAAUAGAUACAGGGUUUAAUUGAAUUCUUCCAAUUAAAUUUCAAAUUGGAUGCACUACGUAAAAAUAGUUAUUCGAUUGAUUCUCCUAACGAUAAUUUUCCCUCAUUAUCAAAUAAUAGGAGAAAAAUUUUAAUUUAAUUACGAUGGUUUCGCGUCGCUGUAAACCGACGAAACCCUCAUUGUUAAAUACCUGUAUCCAGUGAAAGAGACCAAGUUUUGGUCGAAACAUAAAAAAAAACAAAGGUGAUUGAUUAUAGUAUACGGUAACUGUGCGUUCGGUGUGAAGAGAAUUCAUGUAGUACAUACGGUACAAAGUGCUACCGAUACACGGUAUAAAAAAUUAUUCGGACGAAUCGGUGUGCGAUAAAAAGACAAUUUAUUGGAUUAUUAAAUUUUCAACAUGUCCAACACUAUCAAGAGACGUAUGAGUUGGUACCAGAAAGCGGAGUCCGGUAUGAGGCUGGACACAUUGUUCGGCCGCCCAAAAAAACCAGGGCGCGGAGGUGGGGCGGGGGGUGGUAUCGGCCACAACACCAUCCCCCGACCAAACUCUGGCGAUGACUUCAAUGAAAUCGAACAGCAGGCAUCCAUCAUAGAGAGAAUGGACGAGGAAACGAUGAACGAUAAAUUUGAAGAAAUGUUGAACGAUAUGAACCUCUCGGAGGAGAAAAAGGCACCUUUGAGACAACAGCCGGACAUGAAUAAAAGGAAAAUGUUGGUAAUGCACUGUAAGGGUAGCAUACAGGAAAGCAGAUCUAAGUUUGACAAACCAGCGGAUUACAUACAGUAUUUAGCACAGCCUGAAUUAAGCGUUAAUAAAAUCUACAACUGUAUAGAAUCACUUAGGAUCGCUCUGACUAACAACCCUUUGAGCUGGGUUCAGGAAUUCGGAACUAAGGGCCUAAAACAAGUACUUGCGACAUUGAACGAGUGCUACAGAAAUGCUUUCAUAUGUUAUGAUAGCGAUACUCGUUACGAACGGAUACAAUACGAAUGUAUUCGUUGUUUAAAAGCGAUUAUGAAUAACACCGUUGGAAUAAAAGAGAUGCUGGCACACCACGAAGCUUUAACGAUAGUUGCGAGAUCUCUGGAGCCAACCAAACCAGCAGUUAUGUACGAAGCUGUGAAACUUCUUGGUGCAGUUUGUCUAAUUUCUAGUGAAAGCCACAAAAAAGUUUUAGAUGCAAUAACCAUGAAUGGAGAAUUUAACGGGAAAGAAAGGUUCCUUCCUAUUGUUCGAGGAUUGCUUAAUAAGAAAAAUGAAAAUCUGAGGGUCGUAUGUCUUCAACUAAUAAACUCAAUAAUCUCAUCAGCUGAGGACUUGGACUUUCGGUUACACCUGCGAAACGAAAUAAUGCGAGUUGGGCUUGCAGAUCUCAUGAUUCCGCUUGAAAAAGAUCAGUCUGAAGAUCUGGCAAAUCACUUGAAAAUUCUCAAAGAUCACAAGGAAGAAGAUUAUGAGGAGUUUGUACAAAGAUUCGAUAAUGUUAGAUUAGAAUUAGAUGAUGUAAAUGACUGUUUUGAAGUUGCCAAGAAUAUGGUAAUGGAUACCCCAGCGGAACCUUAUUUUCUUUCCAUUCUUCAACACUUGCUCUUUAUCAGAGAUGAUGCAUUAGUCAGGCCGGCGUACUACAAACUCAUUGAAGAAUGUGUAUCCCAAAUAGUUUUACAUCGAUCUGGAUGUGACCCAGACUUUAGCGCAACAAAACGAUUUCAAAUAGAUGUGCAACCACUUAUAGAUACCUUAGUUGAAAAAUCCAAAGCCGAGGAGGAACAUCGAUUAAUGGAAAUGGGGCAAAAACUCGAGGAAGCCAUUGCUAGUAAACAGGAGACUGAAGCAAAACUUCAACAUGCUGAAAAAAAAAUCAAGGAACUAGAAGAGAGUGGAGCAAGACCUGGUGGAGCAUCUGUAAGUGAAAAUAAAAAUACUCUAGUAAUUCCCGAAUAUUAUGAAUUUGUUUUAUUGACCAAUUUUAUACAGAAAGUUUCAGGAGGUCCACCUCCUCCACCGAUGCCGGGAAUGGGGGGUCCGCCGCCCCCUCCGUUACCUGGUAUGAUGGGUCCUCCUCCGCCACCAAUGCCUGGUAUGGGAGGACCACCACCACCACCUAUGCCCGGAAUGGGUGGGCCACCUCCUCCGCCUCUUCUUCCUGGUAUGGGAGGACCAGCUCCGCCACCAUUCCCAGGAAUGGGUCCUCCGCCUCCACCAAUGAUGGGAGGAAUGGCGCCAAAAUUACCUGCUGGAGGCAUCCAAGUUUUACCUCAUGGUUUACAGCCAAAAAAAAAAUGGGAAACGGAUGGUCCUCUAAAAAGAGCAAAUUGGAAAGCUAUACUACCUCAAAAACUUUCGGAAAAGUCAUUUUGGGUUAAAGUACAAGAAGAUAAACUUGCUAGUCCAGAUAUUUUGUCAGGGUUGGCACAGAAAUUUUCUUCAAAGCCAGCAAGCAAAAAAGUUGACAAUGUUGUUGAUAAAUCCUCGUCUGCCAAGAAGGUGAAGGACCUGAAAGUCCUCGACGGUAAAUCGGCACAAAAUAUUUCCAUUCUUCUGGGUGGGACUUUAAAACACAUGUCAUACGAAGAAGUGAAAAGUUGUUUAUUGAGAUGUGAGGGUCCCGUUAUUUCUAGCAACGUUUUACAAGGUUUAAUUCAGUAUCUACCUCCACCUGAUCAACUCACUAAACUACAACAAUUCAGGGACCAGUACGAUGACCUAACAGAGGCUGAACAAUUCUGUGUGACGAUAUCGGACAUUAAACGACUGUUACCAAGGCUAAAAUCUCUCAGCUUUAUGUUGCAUUAUGAAGAAUUGGUACAAGAUGUCAAGCCAGAUAUUGUUGCCGGAACUGCUGCGUGUGAAGAAGUGAAGGUCAGCAAGAAGUUUGCCAAAAUUCUUGAACUGAUUCUUUUGCUUGGUAAUUAUAUGAAUUCCGGCUCCAAAAAUGGCCAAGCAUUCGGCUUUGAAAUCAGCUUCCUCACUAAGCUCACUAGCACAAAGGAUGUAGAAAACAAACAAACUCUAUUACACUAUCUCGUAGAGACUAUUGAAAGAAAGUUCCCAGAUUGUGCGAACUUUACGGACGAACUGGCGCACGUGGAUAGAGCUAGUAGAGUUUCUUUGGAAAAUGUUCAACGUACUCUUCGCCAGAUGGAUGCUAGCCUACGUAAUCUUGAACAAGAUUUAGCGAAUGCUAGGCUCCCACAAAGUGACAAUGAUAGAUUCGCAGAAAUCAUGACACCAUUCGCAAAAGAAGCAAGAAAAUCCUAUGAGGUAAUGCAGAACAUGUUCAAUAACAUGGAUGGGCUUUAUACCGGCAUCUCCGAGUUCUUCACUUUCGACAAGCAGAAAUACACCAUUGAAGAAUUCUUUGGUGAUAUCAAAACCUUCAAAGACGCUUUUGAGCAAGCGAGAAAAGAAAACGCCAAGAUGCGCGAAAGCGAAGAAAAGCAGCGCCGCGCGCGAGAAGGAAGGGAAAAAGCAGAAGCAGAGCGAGCGGCACGUGCUGAAAGGAAACGUGCUUUAGUAGAUAUGAAUGCACAUGAAGCGCAAGAAGGUGUCAUGGAUAGUCUGAUGGAAGCUCUGCAAACGGGAGCGGCGUUUAGUCGACCCGAUCAGCGACGUAAACGACAAACUCGUGCCGCUGGUGCGGAAAGAAGAGCACAGUUAAAUAGGAGUCGAUCACGAACUGGAUUACUUGGAAGAGAACUAUCAACAGAACUGCUUAGUUCAGCGUAGCCUAACGAUACUGGCACACAGUCUCCGCCCUCAAACUCUGAUGCUGCGUCCCAUGUAGGUAUGCCUAUUUUGUGAAUCGAGUAGUGCACAAAACAGAAAAUGAAGAAGCAUAGUGAAAUUUACGCGAUUUGUGCUCCGAUAUGUUGGCUGUAAAUUUUUUCUUUGCCAUUACUCGAUAAAGUCUUCCUUGUGUUUUCUAGCGCAUAGUUAGAUGUUCAACUUUUCUAGAACAUGGGAGAAAAAAUUUUCAGAUUUGAGAUGCUUUGUACAUUUUAUAUGGAAUAAAUGACAGUAUAUUUUAAGCUAUGGUAAAGCAGAAGUAGAAUAGCCACAUAACAAAGACACCGAGUGAAAAAUUAACGAAUUUUUCAUAUUAAUAUCAAAGGGCAGUUGUGUACAUACAUAUAUUAUGAACUACUUCUAUGUGAAUUAGUAAUAUUAUUGUCAGAUAAACGUACACGUGAUGAUGUGAUAUAGCUCAAGUUAUUAUACUGAUAUUCAUUCUGUCCUUGAUUUUUAGACUAUUUUCAUUUGGCAUUUUCUCUUCUGUAUUCCAAUGCCUAUCUAAUUGUAAGUUAUAAGGGAAAUGUAAAUAGUGCAAUUUAAUGCCGUGAUUGAAACACAGCACAAACUCUGGCUAGGUAGCAAUGCUAGUUGUUAAUUGAUGUAUUUCAAUUUUUAUUUAUGGACAGAAAAUAAUUUUUUAUAUUCGAGUAUUCAAAUGCCGAGCACAUUGCGAUUUGAGGAAAUCAAAAGAGAUUAUCAUUCUCAAAGUGCAAAAAAGACAUUGAAUUGUUUUUUAGGUACAAAUAUACGCUGGGUGUGCUGUGAAUAUUUCACUGCCGAAUUAAGUAACAUUGAAACGCUUACCUUGGUUCAAAAUUUUCGUAUGAUAUUGAACAAGAAUUUCGAGUGCCUUUUCAAAAGCAGCGAAUAUGUGCCAAAUUUGUUUAUAACUGAAAAUGUUGAAAGUUAUAUAUUUUGUAAAUUAAUUACAGAAUAGAUUGGAUAAUGUGAAAAUUUUGCAGAGUUGGGAAUCAGUUGCUAAAUUUUUAUCUUUUACUCUAAUCCUGUUCAUUCAUGCGGAAUAAAAAUAAAAUUAAUAACAUAAAAAUACCCAUGUCACGUCUGUAGUUGUGCCUAAAAAUGUGGUUUGUAUGUAAGAAAUUGAUUUUUUGAAUCUCCAGAUCCCCUUAAAUUGUUCAUUAUUUAAUAGUAAAAUUUUUGUCACAUCCAUAGGAGGAUAUUGUAAUUAUAUUGUGAAUACGUGAAUUUAUUGUAAGAUAAUAGAUUAUCAUUAAUAAGAA